UUUUAUAAGAAAAACGGUUGAAUCCUUAUUAUUAUCAUAUGAAACAAAUGGAACCAUCUGAUAUCAUCUCAAAAUCUGUCCAACUAAUAUUCCUUGUAUUCCUACUGCUGAAAUAUGUUACUGCAGUUUCCCAGCCCAGUUAUUUCAAUAUCAAUUGUGACAAUGAAAAGGGUAACUAUACACAGAACAGCUCAUACAGAGAGAACCUCAUUGAGCUCCUCAAAGAACUCGGUGGAAAAGCCUCCGGAUCUGAUUUCUUUGAAACCACCAGGGGAAAAAGCCCCGACAAAAUCUAUGGCACAUUCUAUUGUAGACGUGACAUUAAUCAUGACUUAUGUCGUGAUUGUGUACAGGCAGCAGCGCAAUGGAUCAUAAGAAACUGCACUAAUCAGAAAGAAGCUGUUGUCUGGUAUCUGGAAUGCACUCUAAGGUAUGCAAACAGGCCAAUCUUUGGUCUGGACGAAGAUGACUUUAAUGAAUCAUCGUGGACCAGCUAUGAAAAUGUAACCAAUCCCAAUGAGUUACAGCAGGUGGUACUCAAAAGCAUGACCAGCCUUAUUCAGAAGGCAGCUUACAACAAAGCUUACCAUGGUUAUGCAACCGGGGAGGCCCCUUUUCCCCCAUAUCCAACCCUAUACAGUCUUGUCCAGUGCUCACCUGAUAUUCUUGGCCCACCAUGUCAGCGCUGCUUGCGUCGUAUAUAUAGAGAUAUGCACUCUUGCUGCAACGGAGGGAGAGUGUGGGUUAUGAUCUUCAGGCCUAAUUGCCAGAUGAGGUACGAUAUGGCGCCUUUCUACAACCAACCGGCUCCACCCCCAUCUACAGAUAAGGGUGUACUAUUCUACGUGAUAAGAGUUGCACCUCCAGUUGCUGGCUUUGUAUUAUUGCUUCUAUGUAUCCUCGCAUUCUACGUGUAUAAGAGGAAGAAAAAUCAGAGGCCUAUAGCUCUUGAUCCUUCCACAGUAAGCAAUGAUCCUGUGAUUCCUGUCAUUAGCAGCAAUGAAUCGAACAUUGGGCAAUCCAACCCUUCAGAAUCAUUGCAAUAUAAUCUGGAAACAAUUAAAUUCGCUACAAAACACUUCUCCAUGGACAACAAACUAGGCGAAGGUGGAUUUGGAGCUGUAUAUAAGGGAAAACUCCCAGAUGGACAGGAAGUAGCUGUUAAGAGGCUCUCAGAAGACUCUCGUCAAGGUCUAAAAGAAUUUACCAAUGAAGUCCAAUUAUUGGCAAAGCUUCAACACAGAAACCUCGUCAAACUUUUGGGUUUCUGCAUAGAAGGCGAAGAAAAGUUGCUUAUUUAUGAAUUUGUAUCAAACUUGAGUUUGGACAAAUUCCUAUUUGAUCCAAACAAGCGUAAGUAUCUGGAUUGGGAAACACGAUUCAAAAUCAUAAUAGGAAUUGCACGAGGGCUUUUAUACCUUCAUGUAGAUUCUCGGGUCAAGAUUAUACACCGGGACUUAAAGUCAAGCAACAUUUUGUUGGAUGAAGGAAUGACUCCAAAGAUAGCAGACUUUGGCAUGGCAAGGCUUGUGAAAAUGGACCAUACACAGGCCAAUUCUACCAAAAUAUUUGGAACAUUCGGAUACAUGGCUCCAGAAUAUGCAGCAGCUGGGGUAUUUUCUAUCAAAUCAGAUGUCUACAGUUUCGGAGUCAUGCUUCUGGAGAUCGUAAGUGGGCAAAGCAACAAUUUGUUUAUUCGAUCACUAGGGCAUGACAGCCUUAUAAACUAUGCACGAAAACUUUGGAAUGCAGGGACUAUUUCAGAACUAUUUGACCCAUCACUGGGGAACAACUGUCCAAGAACCGAAAUCCUAAGAUGUAUCCAAGUAGGGCUACUUUGUGUUCAAGAUGACCCUCCAAGUAGACCAACAAUGGAAUCAGUUCUCCUCAUUCUACAAAACAAUUCCUCUGAUAUCCAAUUUCCACCACGCCAUUCAGCAGUUUCAUCUGACACGAAUGUGCAAAGUGACCACAUAACAGGUGAACAAGGCCAAUUUCGAAGUGUUGAAAGUGAUCAACCUUAUAGCGGGAACUCCACUGUGCAAUUUACAGACUUAUACCCACGCUGACAAUCUCUUAACAGCAAGAAACAACUUUUCGUAUGUUAUUCCCCUCCCCUCUCACACACCCAAAAACAACAAUGUCAUUUUCUAUUUGCUAAACUAUGGUUGAGAAAGAGUUAUGGAACUGUAUUCAGGCUUCGUUUUAUGUUAAAUUGUCUAAAGUUGAUUGAGCAAGUCUUAAAAUGUUGUACAUUCAAGUUGAAAUGUUUA